AUGGAAGAGGAAAACGGUGUUAACGAAGCGCAGGCGCACAAUCUGUUAGGACAAAAGACGCCGGUGCCUCAGAGGCGGAAAGACAACGCACUCACGCGCACUUUGAGGUCAUGCUGUUUUAUCCCUCAACGUUAUAUCCUUGGUGUAAUGGGCUUGCUUGGAGUUUGCAACGCUUACACGAUGCGGGUCUGUCUUAACCUGGCUAUCACCCAGAUGGUAAACCGCACCAAGUCCAGCACAGACCACUUUGACCCCGAUGCAUGUCCAAGCAACGAUGAGGGCGGAUCUAACUCCAGUAUCGCUUUUAAGCCUUACGCGACAUUCGAUUGGGACGAAAAGACUCAGGGGCUUAUUCUGAGCGGGUUCUACUAUGGAUACGCUGCCACACAAGUACCGGGUGGUUACUUCGCGGAAAAAAUCGGCGGGAAAUGGACAUUGGGCGUGGGACUACUUAGCACUGCGUUGUUCACUUUCUUGACACCAGUUGUUAUAAGAGCUGGUGGAGCGACCUGGCUGUUUAUUCUACGUGUUUUACAAGGGAUGGGAGAGGGUCCAACAAUGCCGGCGCUUAUGAUAAUGUUGGCGAGAUGGGUUCCGCCCCACGAAAGAGGCUUUCAAGGCGCCCUCGUAUUUGGGGGUGCUCAAAUCGGAAAUAUUUUCGGCUCGUUCAUGUCUGGAAUUCUACUUGCCGACGGAAGAGAUUGGGCUUACGUAUUCUAUUUCUUUGGCGGCUUUGGGAUCCUGUGGUUUAUAUUGUGGAGUAUGCUAUGUUACUCGACGCCGAACACGCAUCCGUAUAUAUCGAAGAAGGAAUUAAAUUACUUGAACAAGAAUGUUACUACGGCUGAGACCAGCAACGCGAAAGAUCCUGUUCCAUGGAAGGCGAUAUUGCGCUCUGUGCCUGCCUGGGCGCUGGUGUGGGCCGCUGUUGGCCACGACUGGGGCUAUUACACAAUGGUAACAGACUUGCCGAAGUACUCCCACGACGUUCUCAAAUUCAAUAUUGCAACCACCGGAGUUCUGACCGCACUGCCAUACAUUGCUAUGUGGUUGAGUUCCUUUGUGUUCGGUUUCGUUUGCGAUAUAUGCAUCAAGAAAGGAUGGCAUACGAUUAAGACAGGCCGAAUCAUACAUACUACUAUUGCUGCCACCGGUCCGGCUAUUUGCAUUAUUUUGGCAUCUUAUGCUGGCUGCGAUAGAGUAGCUGCUAUGGUGUAUUUUGUAUUAUCUAUGGCGCUCAUGGGAGGAUUUUACAGUGGCAUGAAGGUGAAUGCCCUGGAUUUAGCGCCAAACUACGCUGGUUCGCUAACAUCGCUCGUUAACACUACGUCCACAUUUGCUGGCAUCAUUACGCCGUAUCUAAUCGGAUUGUUAACUCCUGAUUCAACCCUGGUCCAAUGGCGGACAGCUUUCUGGGUGUGUUUCACCGUCCUAGUUGGUACCAAUGUGGUAUACUGCAUUUGGGCAGAUGGCGAACAACAAUGGUGGGAUGAUGUCAGAAAAUUCGGAUACCCAGCAGAUUGGAAACAUGGAUCACUAUUAAGAGACGAUGUUGUCGAACAGCCAGAGGAUGUGAAGCUUACUAGCAGAAAAGAUACAGAGGAUUAUAAUUAA